AUGCAGGCUGCUUCUACAAACAUUUGUGAAAGACUGUGCAGUGAGUCCAUCUGUGAAAUUUCCUUGCUACUAAAUAUUCCACAGUCAUCUGUUAGUGGUAUUAUAACAAAGUGGAAGCAACUGGGAAUAACAGCAACUCAACCAUGAAGUGGUAGGCCACAUAAAAUGACAGAGUGGGAUCAGCGCAUGCUGACGCGCACAGUGCGCAUAAGUCACCAACUGUCUACAGAGUCAAUAGCUAAAGACCUCCAAACUUCACGUGGCCUUCAGGUUAGUACAACAACAGUACAUAGAGAGUUUCAUGGAAUGGGUUUCCAUGGCCGAGGAGCUGCAUGGAAGCCUUACAUCACCAAGUGUAAUGCAAAGUGUGUGAUGAAAUGGUGUAAAGCACACCGCCACUGGACUCUA